AUUGAAGCAAGGCUUACGAGUCUUUUCCAGACUAAUCACCUCUUCGCCAUCUCGGACUUCGUCUUGCUUCUCGUGAACCAUCAUCAUGAAGAUUCUAUGUGUGGCCGAGAAGCCCUCAAUAUCCAAGUCUAUAAGCCAAAUUCUGUCUGGAGGAAGGCUCAGCACCCGGUCGACGCAAUGUAACUAUAUCAAGAACUACGACUUCGACUACGCGCCCCGUAACGCCAGAAUGACGGUGACCUGCGUAGCGGGCCACCUCACGCAACAAGACUUCUACGACACGCACAGGAAAUGGCACUCCUGCGCACCCAUCGCGCUGUUCGAAGCCGACGUCAAUACAUUCAUCCCACCCGACAAGAAAGCCAUUGAGAAGAACCUGCUAGCUGAGGCGCGAAGUGCAGACAUAGUCAUGAUCUGGACCGACUGCGAUCGCGAGGGCGAAUACAUCGGAUGGGAGGUAGUGUCCGUAUGCAAGCGAGCGAAGCGGAACAUUAGGGUAGAAAGGGCACACUUUAGUGCCAUCAUUGCUCGAGACAUCCACAACGCUGCACAGAACCCGCAAGAACUCGACCAGCGACAGGUGGACGCCGUCGCCGCGCGCACCGUUCUCGACCUCAAGAUCGGCGCCGCGUUCACGCGAAUGCAGACCAUGGGGCUGCAGGCCCACAUCCCCGUCAUAGGCGACAAGAGCCAUGUCAUCUCGUACGGCUCCUGCCAGUUCCCCACCCUCGGCUUCGUCGUCAACCGCUUCAAGCAAGUCAAGAGCUUCGUCCCUGAGGACUUUUCCUACAUUCAUCUUACCAUCAAGGCGCCCGGCUCCAACGACGAGACCCCCUUCACUUGGCAGCGUGGCCGCAUCUUUGACCGUGACGUCGCCGUUGCGCUCUACCAGCUCGUUAUGCGCGACACGCUCACGACCGUGACCAAGGUCGUCAAGAAGACCACGAAGAAAUGGAAGCCGCUUCCGCUCACAACUGUCGAGCUACAGAAAGCCGGCUCCCGCCUGCUGCGCCUCGCGCCCAAGCGUGUCCUCGAUAUUGCGGAGAAGCUCUACCAACAAGGGUUCGUGUCCUACCCGCGCACUGAGACCGACCAGUUCCCGAACAACAUGGACUUCAAGUCACUCAUCGAAAAGCAGAAGGCAGAUGCCACAUGGGGCGCCUUUGCGACGAAGCUGAACGAUCAAGGUGGCUUUGAACGCCCACGCAAGGGCAAGCACAACGACAACGCGCAUCCGCCGAUCCACCCCACGGCGCACGCCGCACAGCUCGCGGGUGAUGAGAAGCGCGUGUACGAAUUUAUUGCGCGCCGCUUCCUUGCAUGCUGCUCCAAGGACGCUGAGGGGUUUCAAACGGUCAUCGACGUGCUCUGCGGUGGCGAGGCAUUCCACACCACGGGCCUCAUCGUGCUUGAACGCAACUACCUCGAAGUUUAUGUCUAUGAUAAGUGGAACGGGCACGCGGUGCCCGAGUUCCAGCAGGGCGACGAGUUCCAGCCAGCGCGUGUGGAGCUGCUGACUGGGACGACGACGGGGCCGAACUAUUUGACGGAGGCAGAUUUGGUGACGUUGAUGGACAAGAAUGGGAUCGGGACGGACGCAACAAUCGCGCAGCAUAUCGAGACGGUGAUCAAUCGCGAGUAUGUUAUCGAGGAGAUGGCGGGGCAGACAAAGUAUUUGAAGCCUUCGACUUUGGGUAUUGGGCUGGUGGAGGGCUACGACCAGAUUGGGCUGGAGAACAAUAUGCUUUCCCCCUUCCUCACUCAACAUAUGUCACUCUUGCAGACAGAGCGUUCGAUGAAGCAAGUAUGCAACGGGACGAAGACGAAGGAAGAGUUCAUCGAGGAAGACCUGCAGAUGUACAAGGAAAUGUUCGAGGUCUCGGAGCAGGAGAUCAACAAGCUCAUCACGGUCCGCGACUAG